AUGACCGAGGAUGAAACUGUCAAAGAACUUGUCCAACAGUCUGUCACAGCUGUUAAACGAUUUACGGUAAAAAAGGAUGGUAUGGUUGUAGAUACCAACACCUAUCUCUUCACUUUCGCCCGUUCGAAGAUUCCACAAUCGAUCAAAGCCGGUUAUUGUAACAUCGGAGUGGAGGUGUAUAUCCCCAAUCCACUCCGGUGCUACACCUGCCAAGCGUUUGGACAUGGAUCCAAGUCCUGCCGUGCCUCUGCUGUCUGUUACCGCUGCGGUGACAAACACGAGACCACUGACUGCAGGAAUGAUGUGAAGUGUUCAAACUGUGGUGGGAACCAUAUGGCAUCUUCCAAAUCCUGCCCUGUCUGGCAACAUGAAUUACAGAUCAUGAAAAUCAAGACCGAACAAAACCUCUCCAACUCUGAAGCUAAGAAGAGGGUUGUAGGUUCUACUGCAACCACGUUUUCUAUCUCUUACUCUGCUGCUGUCUCUCGUCCUCCUGUCACCACUGCCUCUAUCGACUGCCAGACUGACCUGAUAUGGGUCAAGUCUGUGCAGCCAAUUCCAACUGCUUCACUCAGAAAACCAGCUGUGACGUCGACAACCCCCAAACAAAAAACCUUCAACAAUGUUGAGUCGCAGACUCCAAAACCAGUAACAGAGCCAGAACCAGAAAUUGUCAAACUCACAAACAGGGAAAAGAAAUUAUUGAAAAAGAAGGAGCAACAUGAGCAGCUGCAAACACCAAAGGCCAACUCUCCUGUAGAGGUCCCAGUAGGGGUCCACAACUCCUUUGGUCCUCUGGACAUGGAGGUAACUCCAUCUCCACAUGAACCCGAUAGGAGUACCACAAAAGCUUCCUCACGUUCGCAUGACAUUUCUCCUGUGGAAGCACCACCACCAUGA